UACACGUACACGUUAAUCUCAGGUAAAAUGGACUUCUUUAGAGAACUUAGAGAGCUACGAGGUAACCAGGGCAGAGAAGGGGAAGAGGAGGGGGUUAUUUCUAUAGAACCUAUCACGAUGAUAGUGCCGUCGGCCCUGCAGGACUUGCUGGAGAGAAUAACGCCUGAGAGCACCGCCAGUUCAAGCGUCGGAGACGAUGGUGGCGACCACCACGCUUCAUCGCCCAGUAGUUUGUCCUCUGAGGAGACACCCAGCCACGAGGAAGAGACGGGGAAUGUGGUUGGCAAUGAACCAGAUUUGCCCGUGGUUGGGGAAUGGGAAAAUAGGGUAAUCAUGGGUAGAUCGAGUAACUUACGGAAGGCGCCCAAGGACCUGCCCGCUGGAUUUAGAUUUAGGGCAGCGCUUCAUCAUGAAGUAGCAGACAGUGCGCCCUCAAUAAGUGGGUAUAAGAAACUGGAGGAGAUGGUGAGGGCGUACCAAAUCCCAGGACGAUAUUGCUCCGAGCUGGUGCACAGAAUGAGAGGGCAUGCACGGUGUCACAGAUGGGCUGGAUACCAUUGCUUUAUGCUGUUGUGUGAGAGGUUGGAGAUACCGGCCAAGGCGAUAGUGUGCAGGUUGCUGUUCCAAUGCCAGUUGUGUCCCAACUCUAGAGGCGCGAAGUGGUAUUACCUCUCUGGGAGGGAGAAGAGCCAACUCUUCAAAAAUCUGCUGCCUCGGGAUACAGAUUUGAAAAAUCAACUGCUUGAGUAUGCGAGGAGGGAGAACCUAAUAGAUUUAGAAACCCUGGUUAUCUCGGAGCAGUUCGUUGUGUUCGGGUUUGUCGAUGUGGCAAACCAGUUCACAGAAGGAGAAAUGAGCAACAUACUGGGACGCCAGCGUCAACGAGCCCAGGGCUCCCGAGGUCGCGCAGCGGACUACACUUCACAAAGGCAAACACGAUUUGACGAGCGACCACCUCCAGCACCACAAUCUUGUAGCUCGUCACAUCGUGGAUCAAGCUCGGCGUCCAGGCCUCGCGCCGAGCAUAAAGUUGAAGCUGUGGCCCCCGGUGCAUGCAGGCGUUUGCGUGAGGACACCGACAGUGAGGAUGAGGUCCCCCUUAUACGGCGUAGAACAAGUUUGGGGAGCCAGCCCACACAGGCAGUUCCAACAACCACCGCUUGGUCGCCAAACAUGCCGUCUGCCAUGCACGGGAAGCAGCUGAGCCCGCAACUGCGUCGACCUCAGUGGCAUGCAAGGAUUUGUGCCUCCGGCCGACCAGCAACGGGCCAGGAGCUAUGUGCAACAGCAUGGUGGGCAACUACGCGGUCACCCUGUUCGAGAGCGAGCAAGGAGCUUGCACUUAGAACAGCAAGCUCAGCGCCAACUGCAAACAGUUGUGAUGGGAAUCAAGACGACAGCAUAUCUACUACGUCAUGUGAUCCAUUACACACCCAAGGAGGUCCAGUCACGCGAGCUAGAGCUAGGAAAAUGCGAGAAGUUUUAAAUGGCCUUAUUGAGCAGAUCUGGGUUGAUAACAACAUACAACAAGCAAAUCGAAGCUUGGAUGAUUAUCAAGGCAUGAGUCAAGCAGAAGAGCUUGCGAGCAGGAACAAUGAGCUCAGGGAGGAGCUGGAGAGGGCCUGCGCUGAAAAAGAGAGCGGGAUCCAGGCAGCCAAGGAUGAGGCUGCCCGCGUUGAGGAACAAGCUAAGAAGGCUGAGGCUGAGAGGGACCAUGCUCUGAAUGAGCUGAGCUCCUUAAGGCACCAGGUUGUCGAGGCCACCAAGAACCUCAAUGAAGCUGAAGAGGCCCUGAAUGAAUUGAAGACAUCUCACGGGCGCUCUGUAAGCAUCGCCCGAGCUCGAGGGGCAGAAUGGCUGGUGGGGUCUGCUGCGUUCCAAGACGCUGUGGCGGUGGCGUCUGCAAACAUGACCACGGAGAUCUACAACGAGAUCAGUGGGAAGGUGCUGCAACAUCGCCCGGACUUCCCAAUACGCGAGCUGGCAUUCUUCGACGGGGAGGACCUUGACGAGCAGGGUAAGAGCCUUACUCCCCUUGCUGAUGCCACGGUGCGGUUGAGAUGGGAGCUCAACGAGGAGGGGGUACCUGUCUGGCCUCCUUCAGUCUUAGAGGAAAGGGAGGAUCCAACGGGCCUACCCUCCUUCAACUCUUGGGUUGAAGGGGCUCCUGUGGCUGAACAGGAGCCAUCGAGCACUCCGCCCAACUCUCAGCUCGCCGUGGUGCCAGCCAGGUCGCCCGUUAGUGCAUCAGCUCAUGAGCUUGUAACUUGCUCGUCUCUAGCUCGCUCAUCGACUCUUGCUACUGACGUGUCCAUGCCCGUCGAUCUGACGGAUGAUUAGUUUUAGGAUUUUUCUUUUCUUUUUUGUACUGCUUUUGUAUUUUUGUACUGAUCAAUGAAUCCAUUCAAUAUGUACUUCAAAUGUAAAAAUCAUUGAUGAAAUACAAAUUUGAACUUUCUUUUGAAAUUUCUGUAUUGAUUGUUGUGUAUUUUCUGUACAUUGUCAUUUACAGUUGAUUGAUAACAACUUGAAUAAGAUAAUAAUAUACAUGUUUAACUAUAAAACUUUCUAAGGUUA